AUGCCAAGGGACGACGACAGUUACAAUGAUUCGCAUCGCGCGUUUCUUCAAGCCUUCAUGGCUCGCUCAACCAUGACUCUCGAGCAGGCAAAGCCUGUUUUAGCUGCGAUAUUCUCUGCUAGAGACAACGAGGACAUCCUCCCUGAAGACAUUACGCAGACAGAUCUAACAAAUAAUAUCGCUAUCAUCAACACUGCUAUCUCUCCCUUCGAUCUUGAAAUUCGCUCUACAAAGCAUCAGACAGAUCAUACCAUCAUCUAUGGGCUUGUAAAUACCACCAGCGACCCACUCACCCAGCUAGCCACCACCCACAACGCCAAUGAGAUUGCCUUCGUCAAAAGAGUUCUUGAUGCUAUGUUCGAUACAUACAAUACCCCGCGGCUAGAGGCAAUGGCUGUGUCGUCCAUGCAGGUCGCUCAGCUAGCCAAGGCACCCACUACCGCCGAUCGACACGAGUCAACCGCUAUGAAUGGUGGGAUCCCAAUUGCUGGUGCAGCUCAGUCUCUGGGUCUACGUGAAGCAGAAGAUAUGAUGAAGAAGCUGGUGGAGGAAGGGUGGUUUGAAGAGAGCCUCAGGGGAUAUUUUACCCUCAGUCACCGCGGGUUGAUGGAGUUGCGGGGCUGGUUGAUUGCGACGUAUAAUGAUGUAGAUGAUGAUGUUGGGGAAGACGGUGGUCCCAGGAAUGAUAAGAUUAAGACCUGUAUGGCGUGUAAGGACAUUAUCACCGUGGGCCAACGAUGUCCCCAACGCCAUUGCCCAGGUCGUCUCCAUGAUAUCUGUACACAGAACUUCUUUCGCCGCCAGAAGGCGGACACGUGUCCGCUUUGCAAGUCCCAGUGGACUGGUGAGAACUUUGUGGGUGAACGAGCAAUUGCGGCUUCGAAUAGGGCAUCAACGAUACGACGGCGAAGUGGGCACCCUGCGGAAGGAUCCAGUAAUCCGGGAGGACAAGUUGAUGAUGCUGGCGAGACGGCGAGUCCUGUUGGAUGA